AUGUGCUUUGAGCUCUGUAUCCUCGCCGCCAUUGUGGCAGCCGCCCAGGCCGGAGUCAUCGCCCCAUUCGCCCCCAGGGCCUAUGCUGCCCCCGCCUACGCUUCUCCCGCCUAUGCCCCAGCUCAAUACGCCUACGCCGCAAAGGUCGCCGCACCAGUAGCAGUUGCCGCCCCACUCGCCGCAAAGGCCGCAGUUGUCGACGAAUACGACCCCAACCCACAGUACUCCUACGCCUACGAUGUCCAGGACGCCCUCACCGGCGACUCCAAGAGCCAGCACGAAGCCCGCAGCGGCGACGUCGUCCAAGGAAGCUACUCGCUGACAGAACCCGACGGCUCCAGGAGGACCGUGGAGUACACCGCUGACCCAGUGAACGGAUUCAACGCAGUCGUCCACAAGGAACCCCUCGUCGCCGCGAAGGCUGUCGCUGCCGCCCCCUUGGCCUACGCCGCCCCGCACGGAUACGCCGCCCCAGUCGCCAAGAUCUACCACUAAGCGCCAUCGACUUCUGUAAAUAUUUGCCUCUCUGUACCUCGCGUGAUAUUCAUGUUGUGAAUUCUAGUUUUAAUAUUUAAAUAAAUUAAUUUUUAU